GAGGGCCCUGCCUCUCUGAGAACCUUAACUCUCCGAGGGAGGGACCUGCUAAGCUCCACUCCAUGUCCUGACUCUGCUUUGCCAAACUCCUUCCUGGUCCCUGAGCUUUGCUUGCACUUUCUUCCUAAGUGUUUCUCCUCUGAGUCAGAGAAAGCCCACAGGCAUUAUGGAGGGAGAGCACAUACCAGAAGAAAUAUGAAGCAGCAGCUCUGAAGCCUGAGCAACCGACUGAAGCAUCCCCAGUGCAACUUGGCUUAACUCAACCUCACUGAACCUGAUCUGAGACUGUCUGCUCCCUGGGCUUGCUACAGCUCCCUGAUUCUAGAAUCCUCUUCAAAUCUAGCUACAAUGCUGUGUCAGGCACUUCGCAGAUUUGGUAGAAAGCUGGUAAGCAGACGUCCACUGGAGCCACCUGUGGCUGAAACUGCCCCUGCCAGAAGCCUGAGCACUCUGGAUUUAGUGGCCUUGGGUGUGGGCCGCACAGUGGGUAUAGGUGUGUACAUUCUGGCUGGUGAGAUGGCUGGCAGUCAAGCAGGACCAGCCAUUGUGAUCUGCUUGUUGGUGGCAGGCCUAACUUCAUUGUUGGCUGGGCUGUGCUAUGCAGAGUUUGGUGCCCGGGUUCCCUAUUCUGGCUCUUCAUAUCUCUACACCUAUGUCACUAUGGGUGAAAUCUGGGCUUUCAUCACUGGCUGGAACCUCAUCCUCUCCAAUGUUGCUUCUAUAGCCAUUAGGAUCUGGGCCUGGACCUUAGCGUUGGACCACCUUUUUGGGAACAAGAUUUUUCAGGCCUUCCAAGAGACCAUUUCACCACAUGUUCCCGGUGUCUUUGCAGAAAUUCUAGGCUUCUUUGUUAUGUUCCUUGUGUUAUUGCUCUUGGAAUUGCUGACUUGGAACAUGAAGCAGCUUUCCCUGUUUACCAAUGUGGUCACAUCAGUGAACAUUUUGGUUCUCAGUUUUGUCAUCAUGUCUGGCUUCAUGAAGGGGGACUUGCACAAUUGGAAGCUCACAGAAGAGGACUACGUACAGGCUGGACUCAAUGACACGUCUGGCUUGGGCCCUCUGGGCUCUGGAGGAUUCAUGCCUUUUGGCUUCCAGGGGCUUCUCCGAGGAUCAGCUACCUGUUUCUAUGCAUUUGUAAGUUUCAGCAUUAUUAUUACCAAAGUUGAAGAAGCCCAAAACCCUGAGCGUUCCAUCCCCAUGGGCAUCGUGAUUUCACUUCUCAUCAGCUCUUUGGUGUAUUUUGGUGUCUUUUCGGCACUUACACUUAUGGUGCCUUACUACCAGCUUCGACCAGGGAGCACCUUGCCUGAGGCAUUUCUCCAUAUUGGCUGGGCCCCUGCCUACUACGCUGUAGCUUUUGGAUUUUUCUGUAGUGUUUCUGCAAGGUUCUCAGUCUUUAUGUUCCCCAUACAUCGGGUGAUAUGUAUGAUGGCACAGGAUGGCCUGCUGUUCCCUGUCCUUGCCAGGAUCCAAACCAGGAUACACGCCCGCAUCGUGUCCACUGUAAGCUUUGGCAUUAUUGCAGCAAUCAUGACAUUCUUCUUUGGAUUCACUGAUCUCUUGGACCUCAUUUCAUUUGGGGGGCUGCUAGUUUUCUCCCUACUGGCUUUUAGUGUUCUCAUCCUCAGGUAUGAGCCUGAGAUGCAGAAUGGGGGAAAUGAAGCACAGGUGCAGGAGGAGAACGGGGGAAAUGAAGUGCAGAUGCAGGAGGAGAAUGGACCUGCAGCAGAGAAGCUGACUCUACAGGGACUGUUUUUUCCAGGCAGCCCCACCCCCACUCCACUCUCUGGCCGGGUUGUCUAUGUUUGCUCCUCACUGCUUGCUCUGCUGCUGACUCUCCUCUGCCUGGUGCUGGCCCACUGGCCAGGUCUGCUUUCUGGAGACCCAGGUCCCAUCACAGUAGUCGUGCUGCUCCUGACGCUCAUCACUGGGAUCACUGUGGUCAUCUGGAGACAGCCACAGAGCUCCACUCCCCUUCCCUUUAAGGUCCCUGCUCUGCCUCUCCUCCCACUCCUGAGCAUCUUUGUGAAUGUUUGCCUUUUGAUGCAGAUGACAGCUGCCACCUGGGCCCGGUUUGGUGUCUGGAUGCUGAUUGGGUUUGUUAUCUACUUCGCCUCUGGGAUUCAUCACAGCCUUAAGGGCCCAAACAGUAGAUCUUGAACUCAGCAGUGCCAGUACGUAUUUAGCUUGAUAACAUCACACCUGAAUGCCCUCUCUUUGCCUGCGCAAUAAUGGGGAGUACUCUUGAGCACAUGGAAUAUCGGACUCCCAUGGGAUAUAUGUGAGGGAACACUAAUAAACCUCUGUAGUUAUUGUGGAGUGAA